GAGGAAGACGACAUCAGUCCAAAGUGCCGUGAAGACUGGUAACCGUACAGCUCAGCUUAGUGGUCAUCAUCUGCGCGAGUCUGUCAUCCGGUGCCGCCGCCGCGUUCGGACGACGAUCUCCUGCCGAGUUGUCAACUGACGGUUUGUUGUGAGAUUAUACGUUGAGGGAUGGCGAACGAGUGCAACGUAAAGGUUUUCUGUCGCGUUCGUCCUCAAAAUGCUUUAGAGGAAGCGACAGACGGACGGAUGUCAAUCAAAUUCGGAGAGAAAACGGCAUUAUCUCACAAUGGGCGAGUCUUUCAGUUUGACCGAGUUUUUGAUACGGCGACGAAGCAAGUGGAGGUCUACGAGGAGGCAGCCAAACACAUUGUUCAAGACGUGCUGAGCGGCUACAAUGGCACUAUUUUUGCGUAUGGUCAAACUUCCAGUGGAAAGACACACACAAUGGAGGGCAUCAUCACUGAUCCAGAGAUGCAAGGAAUCGUGCCUCGCAUUGUGGAUGGCAUAUUUCAAUACAUCUUUACUAUGGACGAGAAUUUGGAAUUUCACAUUAAGGUAGCCUUAUUUGAAAUAUACAUGGAGAAAAUUAGAGAUCUCCUGGAUGUGAACAAAAUCAAUCUUGCUAUUCACGAGGAUAAAAACCAUGUUCCAUACGUGAAAGGAGUCACUGAGCGUUUUGUUUCCAGUCCGGACGAAGUGUAUGCGACAAUUGCCGAAGGAAACAGAAACAGGCACGUUGCUGUUACAAAUAUGAACGAGCACAGCUCGAGAAGUCACUCAGUAUUCCUAAUUCAAGUGAAGCAAGAAAACUUGGCGACUCAGAAGAAACUGAGCGGCAAGUUGUACCUUGUAGACUUGGCUGGAUCGGAGAAGGUUAGCAAAACAGGUGCAGACGGACUAGUCUUGGAAGAGGCAAAGAUGAUCAAUAAGUCAUUGUCAUCAUUGGGCAACGUGAUAGCAGCACUGGCAGAUGGCAACAAGAGCCAUGUUCCUUACAGAGAUUCUAAGCUGACUCGCAUUCUUCAAGAAAGUUUAGGUGGUAAUGCAAGAACGACUGUAGUCAUCUGUUGUUCUCCUUCUUCGUACAAUGACACUGAAACACGAAGCACUCUUCUCUUCGGUCAGAGGGCUAAAACAAUCAAGAACACUGUUGUGAUCAAUGAAGAACUGACUGCAGAGGAAUGGAAGAGAAGGUAUGAACGCGAGAAAGAGAAAAACAAACACCUGAGGGCUGCUUUAGAGCAAAUGGAAUGGGAAUUGAAACGAUGGAGAGCCGGAGAGCAUGUGAGUCCAUCUGAGCAGUACAAGUUAAAGGAUUUGAUGGAGAAAAGAAUGGCAGACAAAGCGAACAUGCCGAUGAAGCAGACAUUGUCGCCUUUAGAAAGAGAAGAGUUUGAAGUAGAGAGGCAGCAACUGUAUGGGCAAUUGGAUGAGAAGGAUGAUGAGAUCACAAGUACUUCACAGGAGUUGGAGCAGCUGAAAGCUGAUAUGGCUCAAUUUGAAUUGGUAUUGCAAUCAUCUCGGCAAGAGAAUGCUAGCUUAAGUCAUCAACUAGAGAGAUUACAAGAAGAUUACGACAAGGCUAAAGAAGAAGUGCAAGAAGUUCUUGGGUCACUAGAAGAGGUUGCUUUGAAUUACGACAUGAAAUGCCAGGAAGCAGACGAUCAAGUCAAAGAAACAGCAGCUAUUGCACAACAGUUGGCAGCAAUACAGGAUUCAUCAGAAAAACUAAGCAAGAAACUAACACAGGCAGAGACUGUGUUGCAAGUGCAACAACGCAAAGCAGCUGAGAUGGUCGACAGUCUCCAAAAUGAAAUGACUGGAUUUGACAUACUGUUGGGAACAGGAAUGGAAGAUGUUCAUGAGAUGCCUGGUGGGUCAAAUACUGAUGAAGAGUAUACAAAGCUUCGAUUGCAUUUGAUUCGAGUAAAAGCCGAAGUAGAGGACAUGACAAAGCUCAAAGCAAGUCUGCAGGCUGGUCUAGAGUCAUCUACUUCAAAAAUUUUGAGUUCCGAAAAAGAGCUUACUUCGUGUCGUCUUACCAUUGUGCAGCAAGAAACAAAGUUGCAUUCGUUAGCGGUAAACUUAGAAGAAGUAGAAGAGAGGAAACGACUACUUGAAGAGACUGCAGAUCAACUGAGUUCUGAAUAUCAUCAACUGAAUGCACAGGAUAAAUUGAGAGAGGCAUCACAGCGAGACAAGGCUAAGCACCAGGAAGGUCUACUGCAGUCUGCUAAUGAAAUGAGGCAAGCAUUGGAAGAAGAGUUGGAGAGUCAUCGCGAUGCACAUCGCCGUCAAAUAUCGACAAUGAGAUCGGAUGUGGCUAAACUAGAGAAAUGUGUUAACGAACUGAAAGAUGAAUUGCAACAGAAAGAGAUGGCUUAUGAAACAAUCAAGUCGGAGUAUGAAAGGGAAAAGAUUGAUCGUCAGAUGCAACGUAUUGAGUUGGACAAAUUAAGAUCUCAAUCAUCAAUCCAUGACAAAGCAAGGAAAGAACUGAAGGCAGUGGAAGAGACUGUGAUUAAAGAGUUGCAUAGUCUGCAGCGUGUCCGUCAAGACCUUCUGAAGGAAGUGCAGUCACGUUCUAAGUCGGGUGUCAACAGCGAAGCUCAAACUCUUGAAGCACAAAAGAUCGCAUUUUUGGAGAACAAUCUUGAUCAACUGACCCAGGCACACAAACAGCUUGUACGGAAUAACACCGAGUUGACUUGUCAACUACCAAAAUUGGAGAGACGUCUAGCAUCUAAACGAGAUCGAGUCAAUCAAUUGGAAGAAUCAAUACGAGAAUUCAAAGCUAACGCACACAAAGAAAAGCAGCGGCUAGCGACCGAAUUGGAAAAAUUAAAGAAAGCGUACGAAUUGCGAAUGCAAAGAGGGAGGACAACGUCCAGACAAGCCACAAUCGUAAAAGCUGUUCGUCCCGGUCAACAAGUGACACCGUCAUCCAGUGGCAUAUGGGGAUUGCGGUCGAGCGACGUCUCGCCUUCCAUCAGUGGUUCUCCAUUUUUGACUCUCCCUGCACCUGAUGCCGCCCCUCUUUUUAAUCCUGCCACAUCGGCCACAAUGGGACAAAGUGAAGGUGGCAAAGCAAGGACUAAUCCGUUUGCCAGUACAAUCUCGAACGAAGCACGUGUUGGUCGACAGUUGGCAGUCGCACCCGACAGUGUGAGAACAGUUGCUGAAUCAAGCAGCCGUCACAACUCUGGAGGGACUGACUCGCAACGCAGCCGUCGUCUUCCAACGGUUCCCAGUCAAUCAGUAGGAAAGACGAGAUCAAGGGGCUCGAAUGGAAAAACAGGAGUUUUGGCUGCCACAGACGCGGUGUGUGUGGUAGAUACCGCUCAACAACCAGACGGUGCGGUAUCCUCACAUCGACGUGAAGACUAUGUGUAGAAAUCACGGCAUGUUGUACUGAUGUAAAUGGAUUUGUUAAAGAUAAACUUUUGUUUUACAACCAGAGUUUGGGAGGUUUAUUUUCAUAGUGAACUUUAGAUGCAAUGCAUGAAGUACCACUUUCUGCCUAAGAAUUUUGUGUACAUCAAAUAAAUCUUAAACGCUAGGACAGGAGAA